GGAAUGUUUUUUACAAGACGAUGUGGAUGAAAACGGAAUGUUAAACGUAAAUAUUUCAGUUGAGAAUAGUGGGUUGAGUGAGCGACCAAGAUUUCACGUAAGCCACAAACAGUUGCAGGCUUUACACAGCGAUUGUGGUAUGCGUUGGAGUGACAUAGCUCGAACUCUUGGUGUAUCAGAAAGGACAGUUCGCUGCAGACGACACCAGUUCGGUAUGCCAGUAGAGGGAAGAGAGUUCUCUAAUAUAUCUGAUCAACAGUUAGACGAUUUCAUUGCUCGAAUUCUUCAAGCAACCCCGGCAGUUGGUUUGAGAAUGAUUAUGGGAUCACUAAGGCAUCAUGGUCACACAGUACAAAGGCAUCGCGUACUACAUUCUAUAUGA